AUGCGCAAUGGGCGGUCACGCGAAAACGGCGCUAAACCCAAAACGCGCCAACGACACCCCCGCGACUUCGUCUACUCUUCUUUCUUCCUUCUUGCUCUCGUCUUGCCUUCCAGCUUUCUUUGUCUGCUCCUGCUUCUUACCGUCUGGGACCGCGAACCGCCAUCCGUUCAUCAGUUUUGCAUUCCCCACCCGUGUUCGGUCGCAUUGACUUUGAAUCGGUCUGAUCGGCCCAAUUUCGCGAUUGGAGCGCCUAGCCACGCGCCCUCGCCUCGCGCGACUCUUCCGGCCGAUCCUCCCAGCAUAAGUAACCCUCCGCAACACGGCCUACCGGUGCCGUCCUUCUCCCAAAGCAGCGUCGCAUCGUCAAAUGGCAUGGCAUUUUCGCAGUCGCAACUAGGUUCUUUCAAUGCCUCCCAGUCCGUGGCAUCUACCCCUCGGGCCACACCUCCCCCCAAGGGGUCCUCGCAACAGCCCCCGGCCUCAUUCAACUAUUCGAAGAACCCGACCCAUGGCUCUCGGCAAAGUUUCGGAGGAUUUGAAGAAAUAACCAACUAUGGCGCAUUGGUCCAGUAUCAUGAUGAGUUCAAACCUCAAAUCUACAGGGCCGUCUACUCAAAUGUUUCCGUCUACGAAAUGGAGGUCAACGGAGUUGCGGUAAUGAAGCGACGCUCGGAUUCUUGGUUGAACGCUACUCAGAUCCUCAAAGUUGCCGGAGUCAACAAAGCCCGACGUACCAAAACCCUCGAGAAGGAAAUUGCUGCCGGCGAGCAUGAGAAGGUUCAAGGGGGAUACGGUAAAUACCAAGGAACGUGGGUCAAUUACCAAAGGGGUGUGGAACUUUGUCGAGAAUACCACGUUGAGGAGAUGCUCCGACCGCUCCUUGAGUACGACAUGGGUUCCAAUGGUGCCAGUGGCGCCGCGCAUGAUACGCUCGACACGCCCACCAAAGAACAAGCGAUGGCAGCACAGCGAAAGCGUCUUUAUAGCGGCAUGGACAAUCGGGGCGUCUCCCAACUGCAACAGGGGACAUUUUUCCAGAAUAUCUCCCGGACUGCAGCGACGGCUGUCAAUGCGAUGAGUAAAGCUCGCUUUGACUCUCCCGCGGCGCGGGGUGUGGACGGAAGGCGAUUAAGCCUCGUCCGGAAGCCAUCAAAUCAGAUGGGUAGCCACGAAUCGCAAAUCCCGUUCGGCAGUCAACAAAGCAUGUACAGCGUGGCGUCUGACAGUGGGUUUGCCAGCAACCUACCCAACAACAACGGACGAUACGCUGCCAACGAUACCGCAUCAUUUGAGCAUGACGAUUCCGUGGAACCUCCUCGGAAACGAAUUCGGUCGUCCUCCAACCUUGCACACUCAUUCGGCAUGAACUAUGACCCUUCGCUAUCGAUGAACGAGCCUACGCCCACCGAGCCAAACGAUUCAUUUUACCAAGACAUGGACAUGCCGGCCACAAUGGUUGAUGAAAACCACCGGGGUACCGACCCUCUUCUGCCAGCUACAACCCCGGAGCGAUUUCAAAAGAUGAAGCUCAUCAUGACCCUCUUUUUGGACAAACGGACAAAGGACUUCACCACCCAUCCAGCCCUCCUGCAGCUGACUGGUGAGGAUCUUGAGAUACCUCUAGACGAGUAUCGCAACAAUGCUUUGCACUGGGCAGCCAUGCUGGCGCGCAUGCCCCUGGUUCAUGCUCUAGUUGAGAAAGGCGUCAGCAUAUUCCGACUCAACGGAGCCGGUGAAACGGCUUUGCAAAAGUCAGUGGGUACGCGGAACAACCUUGAUUACCGGAGUUUCCCCCGACUUCUGCAAGUGUUGGCUCCGACUAUAGAUAUGGUAGACUACAGUGGGCGGACGAUUCUCCAUCACAUUGCGGUCAUGGCAGCUACCGGGGGUGGGGGUCAUGUCUCCGCUAAACACUAUCUGGAAGCAUUGUUGGAAUUCAUUGUGCGCCACGGCGGCGCUUCGGCCAGCCAGCCGACUGCCAACGGCUCUUUGGAAAAUGGGACGACUCCAUUGCAAGGCGAAGUGAUAACUUUGGGUCGGUUCAUUUCAGAAAUUGUAAAUCUUAGGGAUGACCAAGGCGACACGGCACUGAAUCUUGCCGGACGGGCGCGUUCUGUGCUCGUACCGCAACUUUUGGAGGUUGGCGCUGAUCCUCACAUACCAAAUCACACCGGUCUGCGGCCUGCCGAUUACGGAGUUGGGGUAGAUAUGGUUGACUCGCAGGCUCUCCAAGCCGGCAAGAACGACACUUUCAUCGAUCAACUCGCGAAGACGAAAAAGGAAAUUUUAGAUGCAACUAUGUCUCAAAUCAGCUCGAUGGUACAAGAAACGCUAGGCAGUAUCGACAAAGAGCUUGCUUCGUCAUUGAACAAGAAGCAAGAAAAGUUCGAACAUUGGCAUUCCAAGAUUCGUGAAUCGGCAAAGGCUCGGCAGAUUGAACAGAAACAGUUCGAUGAGCUUAAAGUCAGAUCGUCAGACCGCGUGGAGCUCGGAAGGCGGUUUAAGAACCUAGAACGGUCAUCUGAAGACCUUCUGUCCACCCUGAAGAAUACUCAUGGCGAGACAUUCGAGCCGUUGAAACACGCCUCUAUCGGCGAUGCCGACAAGGACUCUGGUAUUGACAUUGCUGAGUUCGAAUCUAUGUUUCCUGACAACUUUGAUCCUGCUUCAGGAUUUUCCGACAAACAAACAUCCUAUUUACAGUCCCUAUUGUCCCCCGAGGUGCUUCAGCAACGAAUAAAGUGUUACCAUGAUUUCAAUGAGGAUAUACUGAACGAAGUGGAUCUCCUCAAGUCCAAAAACGUGGUAUUAGGCCAGAAUUAUCGACGGAUGGUCAUGGCUUGCACCGGCUGGAGCGCCGAGCAGGUGGACGAAGCUGCCGACGGUCUCACGCAAUGCGUACGAGAACUGAAUGAGCACCCGGUCCCCGAAGACGAGGCUAUAGAAAUUCUUAUGAAAGACCGUGGUCAAGAUUGGUAA